UGUAGACGCGUCUUGGAUGGACCACGGUAGCCUGGGUUUCGUUUAAUCAAGAGAUCGUCAGUGAUCGUCGUUCGCGUGUCAGAAGAAGGAAGAAUCGAGCGAUAGAACGGAACUGGAGCUGGGAAUAGGGUAUAAGAAGAUCGAAAAGUCGAACAUCGACAGUGGAUAAAGCAACGGCGGAGGAGAUUGCUCACGAUCUACAGGACCGAUCGCCCAGGGAACGUGCUCGACGAUGGAUCUUACGCUGCUCUUAAUCGCCGUGCUCCUCGGGCAAGAGGCGACUGGUCUGAAGCUGCUUCGCAUAAAAGUCCCGGCGUACUCCCUCACGGGCAAGAGCGCGCUCCUCGAGUGCAGAUACGACCUAGAAACGGACAAGCUUUACUCCAUCACGUGGUACAAGGAUCACGAGGAAUUCUACAGAUACGUGCCUAGAGGGGAACCUACGAAGCACAGCUAUCGCGUCGAGGGCGUUAAAGUUGACCACCGACAGUCCGAUCAGCAGCAGGUAUUGCUACAGGACGUGAGCCUGCACAGUAGCGGCAAGUACAAGUGCGAGGUGAGCGCGGAAGCUCCUAGCUUCAACUCGGUCAGCGCGGAAGCCAACAUGGAAGUCGUAGUUUUGCCGCAAGACGGGCCUUCGAUAACCGGCGAGGAGAAGGUUUACGCCACCGGCGAUGUCCUCGGGCUGAAUUGCACCAGCGACAAGUCUCGGCCCGCCGCCACUCUCAAAUGGUUCAUCAAUGGGCAUCAGGUGAAACCCGACACGGAAAUGAUGUUCGAACAGCACGGACUCAGCUCGGUGAUAUCCAGUUUACGACUGCAGUUGGAACCGGAUCACAUCGCCGACGACAAAAUAAACGUCAGAUGCGUGGCGACCGUGGAAUUGGAUUCAAACUCGGACGCGCCGCUCGUCGACACGCGCACAACGGAAGUUUUCGUGGAGGGAAACGCGAGCGCCGCGACGCCUUCCGUGUGCCUGACGAUGGUCAGCGCGCUGCUUCUCAGUCUACUGCCUCCGGUUUAGGAAUAGCGAUCACCACGAGCACUCGUCGCGCGUGAAAGCCGCGCGGCUGGCCGCGCUCGCAUCCGCGGAAUCGGAUGGUCUCGUCCGACACGGAAGAAGAAGAAGAAGAAGAAGAAGAGGAAGAAGAAGUAGAAGCAGAGACAACGAACGGCGCGGAGAAACCGAGAGGAAGGAGAAGGAAAGAAGAAAGCAAAGGAAAAGGCGGAAAUCGGUGGGCGAAAUCGCGGCGUGGAAAGUCGCGCGGCGACAGAGAACGAGGAUCGGUGGUCGAGUACUCGGUCCGAUAGGCGAUCGAUCGGGACAACGACAAUGGGGCGAGAGUUCGUCGCGUGCGCGCGCGUGCGAGCGGAUUAUCGUUCCGUUUUACGGCACGCGACUCGAAAAUACGAUUUACGAGCCUGUAAGCCGAUUAAUUCGUACGAUUCGACGUGCACGGGCUAGCGUAAAUAUUUGUCGAAAGCGCGUAGAGGAGCGCGGCCGACAGCGACGAUUCUUUCCCGACCCGCGAUUUCGACCGACGCGAGACUUGGAGGCGGAAGUCGACGAGCGGAAGCCGCCGACCGCGCGUGUCGCGUCUUGGCGCUCGCCACCACCCCGCGCAUCGUAUCCGUCUUUCUCUCUCGCAUGAUGCGCACUCGCGUAGCACGCAACGAUACCUACGUGUACCGGUUAUACGGCUUCGAAGCUUCUGACUCCCCGUUGUAUCUUUCUAAAGGGCGCGACGCGAUCGCGCGGUGCGAGCUUUCGCUCUGGAUCGCGCGGGCCAACCGACUUCCCUUCCAGCCAACCAGACGUCUCUCUCCUGUCUCGUAUACUUUGUACAUAGCCCCGACGCAUUUGCGAAAUAGGUACC